UUCCCGGCCGCCUCCGAUCUCUCAUCAUCGCUCCCAGACCCCGCCGCCGCCGGAUCUGCUCCGGCGAUGGGGGAGCAGCCGCCGCAGCAGGAGCCGCUCCUCGAGGUAGAACAAUGUGUGACGUCCAUACCGGAAGAUCAUGAAGCCACUUGCUGGGGCUGUGGUCUUCGGCUCGUUUUUUCAAGUUAUUCACCUGUCUAUAAGUGUGGCUGGUGUGGAGCAGUCACCCAAGGCAACCAAACUUCAAGAAAACCUGACAGUGUAUGCUUUUCUCACUGGAGGCGUUUCCGGGAUGGGUUCUUUGUGAUUGUGCUCGUCCUCUUCAUGCUCUUCGUUAUAUGUGGCGGGGUCUGGGCGGUGUAUCCAGUUGUUUUCUCAAUCAGCAUCUUCUGUGGCAUGUUUCACUGCACAGUCACAGCUCUCUUAUCUAUAUUUACAAUUGCAAGUUAUUGUUUGGCCUCUUUCAAGUCUGCUGGUGCACCACCAGGCAUACGUUGGGGAAGCUAUCCCAUGGUUGGAAAAAAUGAUCUUGAGAACUAUACUUUCUGUACAUAUUGUAGUAAACCUAAACCCCCAAGAGCACAUCACUGCCGAUCUUGUAAAACAUGUGUGAUAGACAUGGAUCAUCAUUGCCCAUUUAUUGGGAACUGUGUGGGAGCUUCAAAUCACCAAGCUUUUGUCAUUUUUCUCAUCUCUGUGGUCACGAGUUGCAGUUAUGCUGCUAUUAUGACCAUUUAUGCAAGUUAUCUUAUAUGGCCCCCUCUAGAGUUUCCAAAUGUAUCAUCAUAUGGUCAAAUGGGUUCUAAGAAAGUACUGAUGGAGAUCAUUACUAGCGUGGCCAGUUCUGCAUUCUUCUUAUCAGCAAGGGGUAUAAUUCUGGUAUAUCUUGCAUUUGCCAGUCUAUCAGUUAAUGCGGGUAUAGCUGUGUUGCUGUGCCAGCAACUUAGCUUAAUAUAUGAAGGAAAUACAUAUCUUAGCCAUAUAAGCUCACCAACUGAUAUUCAUGGAGAGAAAGGAUUGCGAAAUCUUGUUCGAUUUUUUGGGUGCCCCUACCCUCUUUCUAGACUAUUGUUGGGCUACACCAACACUGGCAAGUCGCAGAACAAUUCAGGCUCAAAACUUCUUUAGAGGCUCCAUUGCUGCUGCCCAAUAGCCAGUUAGUCUGUACAACUGAAGCUGGUGAUGUAAAAUAGAAGUGAUGUACAUGAUAAUUCCUAAUCUAUAAGGGGGGCUUUGUUACAAAGAUUUUCUUUUGGAUUCAGUAGUAAAAUGGCUGUCUUCAGGUGGAUGUUUCACUGGUCUCGUUGCUUUACUCGAACAGAUGCUGAAAUACAAUGUGGUCCUAUCUGUUCAUUUCCUACAGAUGAUCUUGCUGCUCUGGUGAAUUGCAGUAUCUGGAAUUCUGAUAGUGGUGGAGUCUUUGCUCCAGUAGAAAUCAUGGUGAAGAAGUGAAGGUUAAUUGUGAUUUACAGUGACUCUGAAUGAUGCUGUGAAGGUGCAGAAUGCUUGGGCGACAUCUCUUGGCUGUCAAAAUAUACUGACAUGUAUAGGAAAAGAAACCCAACACUUGUUUUUCUUUAAACCAUUUAUAUUAAUCAUACUGAAGUAGCCUUGGUAACCAUGGUCGUCAACUCCAUACAACAGGAUUACCUGUGCUGUAAUCCUUAUGCAUCUA